AUGAGGGUUCUUUGCGUUGCCGAAAAACCGGCCAUUGCAAAAGCUGUGGCUUUCAUCCUUGGAGGGGGGCGGGUAUCCACGCGAGAAACAAAGGUUGGCUGGAUCAAGAACUACGAUUUCGAAUUCAACUUCCCGCAGUUCGGAAGCUGCCAGGUUACGAUGACGGCAGUGACUGGCCACAUUACCAGGAUAGAUUUUCCUGAAAAUUACGGCUGGGGCAAAUGCGAGCACUCGAGUCUAUUUGACGCCCCAGUUCUCACAAAAUAUACUGACAAGAAUUCCAUGAACAUUGCCAAGAAUAUCACUGACGAAGCUUCACGAUCUAAUAUUCUCAUGAUAUGGACAGAUUGCGAUCGAGAGGGAGAAUACAUUGGGUACGAGAUUAUGGAACAGGCAAAAAAGAAGAACCCGAGCAUAAAUAUGGAGACCACCCAGCGAGCGCACUUCUCCCAUCUUGAACGGUCGCAUGUGAUUCGGGCUGCGUGCAAUACCACGAAGUUAGAUCAAAAGGCGAUCGACGCUGUGCUGACACGCAUGGAGCUCGACUUGCGUACUGGAUCCAGUUUCACGCGACUUCUCACGGAUUUGUUCAGAAGAACUUUCAGAUAUGACAACGUUGUGUCAUAUGGAGGAUGCCAGUUUCCUACCCUUGGUUUUGUGGUUGACCGGUACAAACGAAUCAAAAACUUUGUGCCCGAGGAUUUCUGGUAUUUGAAUCUCGCUUUCAAAAAGAAGAAUGACAAAGCCAAAGGAACAACACCUGCCACAUGGACUAGAGGUCAUCUGUUCGAUAGAUUUGCGGCCCUAUGCAUAUACCAAAAUUGUAUCGAGAUGGAUGGAAAUGAGGCGACGGUGGUAUCGCUCGACACAAAGCCAACGUCAAAUUGGGCUCCUUUGCCGCUAACAACAGUCGAGAUGCAGAAAGACUGUGCUAGAUUCUUCAAAUUCAGUGCAAAGCAAACGCUCACCAUUGCGGAAAAACUGUACAAUUCUGGAUUUAUUUCUUAUCCCAGGACAGAGACCGACCGAUUUCCCAAAAACAUGGAUCUGAAAAAACUGAUUCAGUUGCAAACACAAUCCCACACAUGGGGACAGUAUGCCCAAAUGCUAUUAAACGAUGGUACCAAAUUCAGGCAGCCGAGAGAGGGCUCCCACGACGACAAAGCUCACCCUCCUAUUCAUCCAGUUAUUUUCACGAGCGGUGAGUCACUGAAUGCAAACGAGCGCAAGCUCUACGAAUAUGUGGUGCGCCGGUUUUUGGGGUGUUGCUCUAGAGAUGCGACCGGUUUGAGAACUAGUUUGACUCUCAAAUGGGGGACAGAAACUUUCACGACUUCUGGACUAGUUGUCAAGGAACUCAACUAUUUGGAAGUGUAUGUCUACAACUCGUGGGAGUCUUCCAAGUCCAAGAUUCCUGAAGUCCAAGCCGGUGAUAAGGUGGCUCUAACCUCUGCACAGCUAUCCACAGGAAAAACAUCACCACCGAGCCCUCUCACCGAGCCUGAACUGAUUGCCCUGAUGGAUAUCAACGGAAUUGGGACCGAUGCAACAAUCGCAGAGCAUAUUGAGAAGAUUAUAGAGCGCUCAUAUGUCACCAAAGAGGAUCAGGGCCGCGGAAAAUCCAAGUCCAAGGUUCUGAUUCCAACAGAGCUCGGCUACGCCUUGGCAGAAGGAUUUAGCCAGAUUGGCUUUGAUAGCAUGUCCUUGACUAAACCUUUCUUACGCAGAAACCUUGAGGUCAAACUGAAGGCAAUUUGCGAAGGAUCCAUUCACAGAGAACAGGUGCUCCAUGAAAUAGGGUCCAUGUAUCGCGAAGCUUUUGCUUUGACCAGCCGAAGCUCACGUCUCCUGGCGGACAGUUACCGGACUGUAACAGCCAGUAACGCUUAG